AUGAGGCCGUCUCUAUUCUCCAUCGCCUCGCUAGGCCUCGGGCUAUGCUCCGCCGCAUCCGUGGCGAGCAGCCUCGCCGCAGGAGUUCGUUCGUCUCUCGCUCUCGCUCCCGUAGUAAGAGUCCUGGACGAAAAGAGAGACCAGCUCCAGGACAUCGUGACAUGGGACGAGCGCUCGCUCUUCGUCCGCGGCGAGCGGGUCAUGAUCUUCUCGGGCGAGAUCCACCCUUUCCGCCUGCCCGUCCCGUCGCUGUACCUCGACGUCUUCCAAAAGGUGAAAGCCCUUGGCCUCAACACGGUCUCCUUCUACGUCGACUGGGCGCUGCUUGAGGGCAAGGCCGGUGACUUCACCGCCGAGGGCGUGUUUGAUCUCCAGCCCUUUUUCGACGCCGCGACCAAGGCGGGCAUCUACCUCAUUGCGAGGCCCGGCCCGUAUAUCAACGCAGAGGCCUCUGGCGGUGGGUUUCCGGGUUGGUUGGCGAGGUUGAAGGCGAAGCUGAGGACUUCGGACCCCGAGUUCCUUUCUGCAACGGACAACUACAUGGCAAAUAUUUGCGGCAUCAUCGCCAAGGCCCAAAUCACCAACGGUGGCCCAGUCAUACUCUUCCAGCCAGAGAACGAGUACACCAACUUCGAAGACGGCAGUAGUGCCGAUGGGCCGUACUUCCAGUAUGUCAUCGACCAGGCUCGCAAAGCUGGGAUUGUCGUUCCCCUUAUCAGCAACGACGCCAAAGCAGCGGGCCACAAUGCACCGGGAACGGGUGUAGGCGCCGUUGAUAUUUAUGGCUUUGAUGCGUACCCGCUUGGAUUUAACUGUGCAAACCCGAAUACGUGGCCGGAUAACGCUCUACCAACCACCUACCACGCACUACACUUGCAAACAAGUCCAAGCACGCCUUUCACGAUUCCAGAGGUAGGCCUGCAAAGGAGCAAUAGAGAGACGUUAGCUUACUCGUUGCAGUUUCAAGGAGGUUCCUUUGACCCCUACGCUGGGCCUGGGUUCGAAAAGUGUGCGGCGUUGGUUAAUCACGAGUUUGAGCGCGUAUUUUACAAGAACAACUUUGGAGCUGGUGUCACUAUAUACAAUAUUUAUAUGAUCUUCGGAGGCACCAAUUGGGGUAACUUGGGGCAUCCGGGAGGAUACACGUCGUACGAUUACGGCUCCGCAAUCACGGAAGAGAGAACUGUCUCGAGGGAAAAGUACUCUGAGCUGAAGCUCGAGGCACAGUUCUUAAAAGUUUCGCCCGCAUACCUGAUUGCAACGCCUGGAAACUUGACCGUCGGUGUAUACAGCGCAACUCCAGACAUCACGGUAACACCUCUGCUAGGUAACGGGAACGGCUCGUUCUUCGUGGUGCGGCACGGCAACUACAACAGUCUUGCAACGACCGAUUACACGCUUCGUCUGCCCACGUCGCAAGGAACCAUCACGAUCCCGCAGUCCCGCGAUCUGCUGCAACUUACCCGCCGUGACUCGAAGAUAGUUGUCACGGAUUACCCGGUUGGGAACACGACUAUGUUGUAUUCGACAGCGGAGAUCUUUACCUGGAAACAGUACAAGAACCAGACGGUUCUUGUCGUUUACAGUGGACCUGGCGAGACGCACGAGAUAGCGAUCAAAUCGACCACGACGCCUGUCCUCGUUGAGGGCACCAGCGUUGAUCACAAUUAUGUGAACAACACUCUGCUUUUGGCAUGGGAAACAUCAAGCACUCGACGGGUAGUGAAGGUUGACAACCUGGUCAUAUACAUUUUGGACCGCAACUCGGCAUACAACUACUGGGUGUCAGAUAAGCCCAGCGGAAGCCAACCGGCGUACGGCACGUCCAUUAUGAAUCCAGACUCUCUCAUCGUCAAUGGCGGGUACUUGGUAAGAUCGAUCUCGAUACAGGAUGGCACUCUUAGAGUCCAGGCGGACUUCAACCGUACCACUGAGAUAGAGAUCAUUGGCGUCGAGCCGGAAGUCACCAAGCUGGAAGUCAACGGCAAGCAACUGGACCACACAACGAACAAUCUAACCAACUGGAUCGCGAAUCCAGCCUUCGCGGGUGCCGCACCCACCGUACCGGACCUCAAAUCACUCAACUGGACCUUCAUCGACUCUCUCCCUGAGAUUCGCGCAGGCUACGAUGACUCCGCGUGGCCUCUCGCCGACCACAAAACCACAAACAACACAAUCGCCAACCUCACAACCCCCGUCUCCCUCUUCGCCUCAGACUACGGCUUCCACGCCGGCACGCUCGUCUUCCGGGGCUACUUCACCUCAACUGGCACAGAAGACAAGCUUGACAUCACAACCCAGGGCGGCUCCGCCUUUGCGAGCUCCGUCUGGCUCAACGACACCUUUAUCGGCUCAUUCGCCAACGGACCUGACGCCGCGGGCGAUAAUGCCUCCAAUUACACCCUGGCCAACCUCACCGCGGGCGCAACGUAUGUUCUGACCGUCCUCGUCGACACUACUGGCCUGGAGGAGAACUUUGUCAUCCCUGCGGACGUGAUGAAAACCCCGCGCGGGAUCAUGGACUACAGCAUCACGUCCCCCUCCGGCGCCCAAACGAACGUCACGACGUGGAAAAUUACGGGGAAUCUCGGCGGCGAGGGCUACGCCGAUAGGGCUCGCGGCCCGUUGAAUGAGGGCGGGCUCUUCAUUGAGCGCCAGGGCUAUCACCUCCCGUCUCCACCCGAAUCGGCGCUCAACACACAACGCUCGCCAUUCGAAGGGACAGAUGUGCCCGGUGUGGCAUUCUACGCCGCGAAACUGGAUCUGCAAAUCCCCGCUACGGACCUCGACGUGCCCCUCUCCUUCGUCUUUGACGACAUCGCAGCGUCAAACGGAACGGGUGCGUACCGCGCCAUUCUGUACGUGAACGGGUUCCAGUACGGGCGGUACGUGAGCAAUAUCGGUCCGCAGACCAGGUUCCCCGUGCCCGAGGGCAUACUCCGGUACCAGGGGACCAACUACAUUGGUCUGGCCGUCUGGGCACUCGGCAACGUUGGAGCUCGCGUGCAGAACUUCCGACUCGAUGUCGGCGAGGUGGUGACGACUGGUCGCGAAGAGGUCAAGGUUGUUGAGGCGCCAGCUUGGAGUCAGCGGGCGGGUGCAUAUUAG